GGGAGAAGGGGAGGGGGGUGGAAAAUGGCGGCGGCGCGGGGGCUGCUGGCGGCGGGGCUGUUCAACGGGCGGGUGGCCAUCGUCACCGGCGGCGGCACCGGCAUCGGCAAGGCUAUCGCCGCCGACCUGCUGUCCUUAGGUUGCAGUGUUGUUAUUGCCUCUCGUAAAUUUGACCGAUUAAAAGCCACUGCAGAAGAACUGAAUAAUGCGUUUUCUUCUGUGAGUCCUGCCAAAGUGACUCCCUUGCAGUGCAAUAUCCGCAAAGAAGAGGAGGUAGAAGCUCUGGUGAAGUCUACACUGAGUCUGCAUGGGAAGAUUGACUUCCUGGUGAAUAACGGAGGGGGCCAAUUCGUGAGUCCUUCUGAAGCCAUCAGCGCAAAAGGCUGGAAUGCUGUCAUAGAAACAAAUCUGACAGGGACUUUCUAUUGCUGCAAAGCAGUGUACAAUGCCUGGAUGCAGAAGCAUGGAGGAGUCAUUGUCAACAUUACUGCUGCUGUGACAAUUGGGUUUCCUGGAAUGUCGCACUCGGGAGCUGCAAGAGCUGCAGUGAAUAACCUAACCAAGACGUUAGCUUUAGAAUGGGCCCACAGCGGAGUAAGAAUCAACAGUGUUGCUCCUGGAAUAGUAUUUUCAGAAACUGCUGUUGCCAACUAUGGAGAACAAGGUGCAGUGAUGUGGUUAAGGAGCAUACCAAAGGUUCCUGCCAAGAGAUCAGCUGUUCCUGAGGAGAUCUCUCCUGUAGUGUGUUUUCUGCUGUCUCCAGCUGCUUCUUACAUAACUGGGAUAACCGUGGUUGUAGAUGGUGGCCAAAGUUUAUAUCGCAAUACCAUAGAAAUACCAGAUCAUGACAGAUGGCCUUCCCCACCAGAAGGAAGAAAUUCUGAAAUGCUUAAGAAGCUUCUUUCUGGCGAGUUCAAGCCAAAGCUGUAGUAAAAUGAGAUUUCACCUUAUUUCCAGUUGCACAGUUCCUGAAACGUUCUCUACAGGAUUUGAGCUCAAAACUGGAAAUAACUAUUUUAAACUUGCAAAUUUAUUCUUUAACUUUGAAGUAUGAAUAUCCAUGAAGAGCGGAAGUUUACACGUAAUCAUGGUGAAAUGCAUCAUUUACCUCUGAAAUGGAAUAUUAGAAAGGAUAGGGUUCUCUGGUGUGAGAGACGUGCAGCCUGCAAUAAACUCCUCCACAAGUAAGAACUAUAACAAACCUUUUUGGUUGCACUGAGUACAAGGAACUUUAUUUGACCUUGCCUUCUUCAACCUCCAGGCAAAGCCAUGGAUGUCUUUAGGAGAUCUAAGCUAGUUCUUUAGAAGAGACGUAUUCCUGCACGUGCUUUUCUUCCCUGACAAGAAGCUGAAACAGCCAACGUGUGGAGCCAUAAUGCACUGAGGCUUACUGCAGUAGGAAAGGAUACUCACGAUAAUCUAAGGGUUAGUACAACGUAGGAAUACAGAAGAUACAUCCUUGAAAGGUGAAGGGAAAACAGAAUGCUCAAGUGCUCUCUGCUGUGUAGGUUUUUUUUUGUUUUGUUUUGUUUUUUAAGUAAUAAUACUACUGCCCUCUGUGUGUUGAGGUUUACUGUGAACAUUAUUAAAACACAUCAUGUUAUAUUGGA